AGUGCCAUUUUAAGAUAGAUAUUAACACGUCUAUUUGUUUAUUAACGAUAUUUUAAAGGAUAUAUACUUGAGGCCGCGCGGAGGAAUACACGGAUCAGCUGUUUGUGUUUACGUCUUUGGUGCCUUGUUGGGACCCACCCACCGGCCAGUCCACCCAACCACCACCAAGACCCAGACCCAGACCUCAGUGCCGCCACCCAUGCCACGCCACUAAGCCCUGGCUGACGCCCUGGCCCUGUGUGGAGCCGUGUAGCAGGGAGUGCCACACCGCUGGGCCAUGACCGUCUGACACACACACACACACAUACACACACACACACACAUGUACACAGGAGUCUCUGAAUGAGGUCGGAAGGUCAAGAGGUCAGUGAGGUCAGGUCAUGCGCCUUGCUGACUAUCAUUGACUUCUUCUGACUCCUCAGACACGUACACUCACACACGCACCACACAUGUACACACGGCACACUGAGUAAGGUCAAGUGGUCAAGAGUGUGGCUGGGUCAUGCCUCACUGACUGACCCACGCACCCUGACUCUCCCCCUCCCCCUCCCUCUCCCCCUCCCCCUCCCCUGCCCCCGGAGUCAGGAUGGGGUCCAUGUGGGGGGGUGGGGCGGUGGGGGUGUGGGUGGGGAGGGACCGCCUGCGACCCACCCACCUACGGGCCACCCUCACGCGCCUCAGGGACAAGGAGAGGCGCGAGUGGCAGCCCUGCACCCUACACACACAGGAAGAUCGCGAGGUGGAGGAGGUGGGCGUGGCGGCGCGGGACGGGGCGGUGGCGUGGCAGGGGGCGGCAUGCGCGGGGCUGGGCUGGGGCUUCGAGACGCGCUUCGGGGCCGCCGCCAUCCUCGACCGCCUGCUGGUCAGAGUUCGCAUCCCGCCGCGGUACCUCCACGCCGUUGCCGCCGCCGCUGUGUUCCUCUCCGCCAAGAUCAAUGAGGAGGAUGAGAACGUGCCAUCAACGGAGGAGGUGGUGUGCCGAGGGGCCAUGCGGUGCUCGGCGAGGGAGCUGCUGCGCAUGGAGAGGGUGCUGCUGGACAAGCUAUCGUGGUGCCUCCCCUCCACCACCGUGCUUGACUUUCUGCAGGUCCUCCACGCCCUUGCCAUCGUCACAGCGCCCAAACACCUCCACCAGCACCAGCAGUUUUGUCGCCCCCUUGCCCUCAGGGGUGAAGGCUCUCCGACGCACCAGCUGGAGGGGCUGACGGUGCGGCUGUGGCGGGCGGUGGGGUGCGGUGCGAGCGGGUCAGUGCGGCCGUCCCUGCUGGCCCUGGCACUCAUCUCCCUGGAACUGGACGCCGCCACCCCCGAGCCGGGACUCACACUGUGGCUGCAGGCGCUGACGCAGGUGAGCGAAGAGGAACUGAUUGAGGCGCAGGUCAUGGUGAGGGAGUUCCUGGGGGAGGCUGAGCUUGAAGACUCCUCCCCCUCCUCCUUCUGCCUCCUCCCUGCUCCUCUUGCUCCUCCUGCUGCCAUUCCUCCGUCACGGCCCAACAAGAGGAAGGUGGAGCGCUCGGCAACCCUGGAGGAGGAGGCGUACAUGGAUAUCAAGAAGCUAUACGCACAUACCAAGGCGCACCCCAGCACACCCCCACCGGCCACCAAACCACCCCAACCCCAGGACGAAGCUGACGACUUAUAUGCCGACAUCCAUCGCCUCUACUCCUCCCCUCCACCCGCCACCCCAGCAUUGACCAACCCUCCCCCGAAGUCCCCAGCCGGCAGCAAGCGACCCACAAGUGCCAAGAAGAGGAAGAGGAGGAGGAAGAAGGUGACCCCAACAUUCAAGGCCAAGAGUGCCGUCAAGAGCCUCAAACAAGCGCUGAAAAUACCUUGCAAAAUAUCGCUCAUUGCCACCAAGAAGAUAUUCGAGGAGCCACUGGAUGAGGACGAGGCGACCAUGGAUGUGGAGGAGGAAGAGGAGGAGGAGGAGAUGAUGGAGGAGGUGGAUGAGCAGGAGGAGGAGGAGGAGGGGUGUGAGGAGGGCCCCAUCUUAGAGCCGGUUGGUCUCCUGAAGUCUCCGGUCUUCUCGCCGAUGAGUCCUGAGUUCCCGGACAUCAGGCACUUGGUGGUGAAGAAGGAAGACAUGGGCUGGGAUGAGCAGGUGAGGGCCGUGGCGGAGCAGGUGUACCGCCCCCUCACGUACGCCCAGGUGCUGCGGCUGCAUCUCACCCCCCUCACACGGGCCCUCGGGGUGUGAGCUGGCAGGGUGAGGUGAGGAGAGGUGAGAUGAGGGAGGGUGGAGUUGUUAGCUGUCAUCUUACUACCAUCACCACCACUGCUAUCAUCCAUUACAGUGAGGUGAGGUGAGGUGAGGUGAAGUUGAGAUGUUACCUGUCAACUCACUACCGUCACCUCUACUACAGUCAUCCAUUACAGUGAGGUGAGGUGAGGUGAAGUUGAGAUGUUACCUGUCAACUCACUACCGUUACCUCUACUACAGUCAUCCAUUACAGUGAGGUGAAGUGAGAGUCGUUACCUGUCUGUCAACUUACCAACACCAGAGCUAUUGUCAUCCGUUUCAGUGAUUGUCAACCUUCUACCAUCGCCGUCAGUAUAUCAUCCAUUCUAGUGAGGUGAGGUCAGGUUAGAGGAGAGGAGAGGAGAGGAGAGAUUAGAGGAGAGGAGAGGAGAGAAGAGAAGAGAAGAGGAGAGGAGGGAGAGAAGAGAAGAGAAGAGAAGAGAAGAGAAGAGAAGAGGAGAGGAGAGGAGAGGAGAGGAGAGAAGAGAAGAGAAGAGAAGAGAAGUGAGGUGAAGUUGAGGUUGUUACAUGUCAUUUUAAUUCACCACAACACCACUUCUUAUCAUCCGUUUUGGUGACUGUCAUCUUAUCACCGUCACCACUAUAAAAAAAAUACAGAUCAUCCGCUAAAGUGACUCAAUUCACCACAACACCACUAUUAUUAUCAUCCGUUUCAGCGACUCAACUCAUCACACAACUACCUUAAAAAAAAAAAGAUCAUCCAUUUCAGCGACCCUUAACUUAUCACCAUCACUAAAUAUCAUCCGUUUUGUGACUCUUAACUCAUCACCAUCACUCUAACUAUCAUCCGUUUCAGCGACCCUUAACUUCACCAUCACUCUAUCAUCCGCUACAGUGACAACUCGCCCUCACUACUGCUGUCAUCCGUUUUAAUGAGCGUCAAAAUCAUUACUCACGACAUGGCAAAAGCUUCAUCAUGUCUUUCCUUUGGGCUAUGACAUGAUGCUUUUACUGGACAUGAUUUGACCUUUGUUUUUUGGGGGGUUUGUUUGAUCUUUUGUCUCUUUCUGGGGUGUGUGUCAGGCUGCCUCCUUCACUGUAUAGGAAAUAACGGAUAAGUCAAAUACACUCACCUUGGUCGGUUUGUUAGAGUCGAUUUUGUUGAUGAUUAUAUUUACCAAGUGCUUAGUGAUGCACCCACCAACUUGCUGCCAACACGAGGACCAGUUGUCUGUUAUUAUUAUUAUUAUUAUUAUUAUUAUUAUUAUUAUUAUUAUUAUUAUUAUUAUUAUUAUUAUUAGAGGAAGGGAGGCAGCUCAGGGUAAAAAAAUAUACACCAAAACUUAUAGAUGCAAAAAUAUACAGAAAAAAAACAAAAAAUAUAUACUAGAAAGAAAAUAUAAGUACAAAAAAUACGUCUACCCAAAAAAUACACAAAAAAUAUACAGAAAAAAGCCUGCCAUGUCGCUGCUCCCCAAGAGUGAAAAAACAGAAGAGCGUCCAAAUUCAAAACUCAAAAUUGGGUAGAGGCGGUGGAGGCAGGAGGCGUCUUAACAUCCCCUCCCCCCCUUUUUUUUUACCGAUAAAGGAGGCAGCUUAACGGUGAAAAAUAAAACAGGUAACAGAAAGAAUACAAUGGCACUAUUCCCAUAAAGAGUGAUAAAGAUGAUGAUGGAUGCUGAAACGGAUGAUAAAUAGAGAUGCUAGGAACGGAUGAUAAAAGAUGCUGGGAACGGAUGAUAAUAAAGGCUAAAAUAAAUGAUACAAUGAUGAUGAAACGGAUGAUAAUGGAUGCUGAAACGGAUGAUAAAUAAAGAUGCUAGAAAUGGAUGAUUGAAGAUGCCGGACAUGGAUGAUAAUAAAGGCUAAAAUAAAUUAUACAAAGAUGGUGAAAUGGAUGAUGAUGGAUACUGAAAUGGAUGAUAAAUAGAAAUGUUAAAAAUGGAUGAUAGAAAGUGCUAGGAAUGGAUGAUGAUGGAUGCUGAAAUGGAUGAUAAAUAGAAAUGUUAAAAAUGGAUGAUAGAAAAUGCUGGGAACGGAUGAUGAUGGAUGCUGAAACGGAUGAUAAAUAGAGAUGUUAAAAUAGAUAAUGAUAGAAAUGCUGGAAAUGGAUGAUAGAAGAUGCUGGAAAUGGACGAUGAUGGAUGCUGGGACGAUGAUGGAUGCUGAAACGGAUGAUAAAUAGAUGAUAAAAAUGGAUGAUAGAAGAUGCUUAAAAUGGGUGAUGAUAAACGCUACAAUAAAUGAUACAAAGAAGCUGAAACGGAUGAUGAUGGAUGCUAAAUAACGUUCAGAAGGAUAGAAAAGAAUAUGAGGAGACUACAAGAAGCCGGAUGACAUGUUUGGUUUUUAUUUUCUCUUUACUUAUUUUUGUCUCCUUUUUAUUCAAGCGAUGAUGAUAGGGAUUGAUAAGAUGGAUGACGGAUGAUAGAUAAGAGAUGGCAGGAAGGAUGACAGUAUAUAUGAUGCUUAACCCGAUGAUGAUGAUGUAGAUAAUGGAGCGGGUGAGUGUGGAUGACGAAAUGGAUGAUAUCACCACCUCUACAUCCACCACCACCACCUCCACCUCCACCACCGUCACCUCCACUAUUAACACCAUUUUUCUGAUAGUGGAGAGUGUAUGCGUGUUAUAAUGUAUGUACGUGUGUUUGUGUGUGUGUGUUUACCAUGUUUUAAUUUUUAGUGUGUGUUUGUGUUUUAUUUUUUUUCUCUGUCUCUCACUCGGUUUGUUUGUUGUUUUAUUUCCUGUUUUUUUUUGUGGUUUUUAUUUUCUCUGUUUUUUUAAUGUCUUUUCUUUCUCUUUUUUAUCUUUCUUUUUUAAUGUUUUCCUUCUAUUUUUUAUCUUUUUCUUUUUUUAAUGUUUUUUUCUUUUUUUUACCUUCUUUUUAAAUGUCUUUUCCUUCUUUUUUUAUCUUUCUUUUUAAUGUCUUUUCCUUCUUUUUUUAAUCUUUUUCUCUUCUUACUCUUUUCCCUUUCCUCCUCUCAUGUCCUCUUGCUCUCCUCUUCUCUCCCCUCUUGUUCCUUUCUCCCUCAUCCUCUUGUUUUCUUGCUUCUUUUUCUCAUAUUCCUCUUCAUCUCCCUUAUGUUCCUCCUCCUCUUGUUUAUCCUCUUGUUCUGAAGCUGUUUGUGUUCGCUGAUGUGUCUCUCCCGUGAUGAAGUGCGUCCCUCCCUUACACCUCUUCUGUCUCUGUGUGUGUGUGUGUGUGUGUGUGAUAUGUACAAGGAAAGUGUCAAAAAAAGAAAAAAGAAAAAGUAUACCCAGUUUGUGUUAAUCUGGCUCAAAAAGAAUUAAAAUCACACAAAUCUAAAAAAUAAAUAAAUAAAUACACACACACCCUUUACUCUUCACCCUACAAAAGCUACACCCUAAUACAUUUAUACACACUUAAAAAUAUACUUCCUGUCACACCCUUCUCACUACCCUCACCCUUUACACUUAACACCCUGAGAAACUACACUCCCUUCUGCUACAUUCACCCUUUUAAAUCUCAUAAAAACAUCCCUACACCCGGUCACCCUCGCUCUGUAGUCACCCUCACCCUUCACACCCUGAGAAACUACACUCCCUCUACACACACCCUUUUAAAAACACUCCCUUGCAGAACAAAACUCACCCUUAAGACCUUACAAAAUCACCCUUAAAAUACAGUUUGUUAAGGUUGUUUUUUGUGGUCUGAAGGGUGAUGAGAGAGAGAGAGAGAGAGAGAGAGAGAGAGAGAGAGAGAGAGAGAGAGAGAGAGAGAGAGAGAGAGAGAGAGAGAGAGAGAGAGAGAGAGAGAGAGAU